AUGUCCCCACCAAAGCUUUUAGCCAGGGUCCAAACGGUGCUCAACGCAGUGUUACCGGCACCUAUUGCUUCGGCGUGUUCCAUAUUAGUACAGCUUGUGAUAGUGGUGCUUAUUCCAUACUUGUUCGAUGACAAACUUGUACACCCUGUUAAUGAAAACGUUACCUUUGAAAAGCCACUGGAAUCCAAGAUCUUUCCCACCAUCAGCAAUCAAACUAUCGACAACACUCAAAACACCUCCAACCCACAACAGUGUUCGACUGGCCUCACCACAAGAUUACUUCCUUUCAAAAACAAAAAGGGUGAAAUAGAAUGGGCAUUUACCGACGAUGGACCCGAGGGAGAUGAGCUUGAUGUUUUCAAGAUACCUUCCGGGGACAAGAAGAAUAGCUUCGGAAGCUUGUCUGGGAAUGAGGACGACCUGUCCAAAGAAGAUCUUUCACCCACGAUUUCCAAUUCGUCUAAUAGCGACUCGAUUCUCUCGGGUGAUAAAAAGCUCAAAUUGAAAGGCGAAACGCCAGGAACUUUGCCCUCCAGCCCAGAAUCCUCCCACGAAAAAGAAGGUGAAAACGUUUUGUACCAUUGUCCAGAUUGUGAACGUACAUUCAAAUUGAAGGGCUACUUGACUAGACACAUGAAGAAACACGCCCAGACAAAGGCGUACCACUGUCCUUUCCACGAGGCUAGCAUCUACAUCGACGAGGCCAAUGUAACGCAUAGAUGUCAUCCUACUGGUGACUUUUCCAGAAGAGAUACAUACAAGACCCACUUAAAGUCGAGGCAUUUUGUUUACCCUGAUGGACUCCGCGCCAAAGAACGCCGUUCAAGUGCCGGAAGAUGCUCCAUGUGUGGAGAGCACUUUGAAAACAGUGAAUUAUGGAGUGAAAUUCACAUAGAAGGUGCUGAAUGCAGAUACCUCCCCGCUGGAUUCACCGGUAAAUCACGCAUAAAGAGAAGAAUCGAUAAAGAGUUAAGACAAGCCAACAAAGACAGAUCAUUCCAUAAUGGAACUCCCACUUCAUCGGCUACCGCCUCUACUCCACAGACAUCUGGCUUUACUGAAUCUCCAACAUCGUCAGUAACCUCUAGUGUUCAAAGUGGAACUUCACAUUUGCAUAUGAGAGACUUUUCUUCUGGAUCUCCCUCGUACUACCCAGGACGUUCGGUGUCGCCUCUACAGCACCUGUUUAUUGCACAUUCGCCGAUGCAGCAAGAAGACGGAGAAGAGUAUGACGAUGAGUACUGUUUGGACGUCGACCAGUUGGAUCUUCCGCGCGAUUGGUUUCUCCACAACGGACGCCAAGCACAGCAUGCGUAA